AUGUAUCUAUCAAGGUCACUAUUAUGGACUGUCUCAGCGUUCGUCGUUGUCGCGGCACAGUCCACGGAUGGUAUUCUCAAUCUCGUGAAAAGACGACUGCCAAACCAUGUCAAUGAUUUUGAAUUUCACCUUCUCGGAAAUAGUACCGGUCUACUUCCUUCAGCGAUAAAUGCCACAAAUGACGAGUACAGCGUCUCUUCGACGUCAGAUGGCAAGAUUUUGGUGGAAGGAAAUUCGCUGAUUGCUUUGGCGAGCGGAUUACACCGGUAUUUAACCGAUACGGUACAUGUUGAUAUCUUCUGGUAUAUUGGGAGCCGUCUAGAUCUUGCUCCGUUGCAUUUACCGCCUCUGGAUGUCCCUAUUAAUGGCUCAAGCAUCGUGCCAUGGCGAUACCAUUUCAAUACUGUCACGUUCUCAUAUACUGCCGCAUUCUGGACUUGGGAGGAUUGGGAAUUGGAACUUGACUGGCUAGCCCUUCGGGGCGUAAAUCUUCCCCUGGCUUGGGUUGGAUACGAGAAGAUUCUCGUAGAGACUCUUCAAGAACUUGGUAUGACCGAUGCUGAAAUCCUCCCCUAUUUCAGUGGCCCCGCAUUCCAAGCCUGGAACCGUUUCGGGAAUAUUCAAGGAUCAUGGGGAGGCGAAUUACCCAUGGAGUGGAUUGAUGGACAAUUCGAACUGCAAAAGAACAUCACUGCUCGCAUGGUGGAGCUGGGAAUGACCCCUGUGCUCCCCUGCAUCACCGGCUUUGUCCCAAGAGCUAUCACUCGCGUUCUACCCGAUGCAAUGGUAGUGAAUGGUUCUCAAUGGGACGGAUUUCCUGUCGAUUAUACCAACGUCACCUUUCUGGAGCCUGUGGAUCCUGCGUUUACUGAACUGCAGAAGAGCUUUAUCUCUAAGCAAGCGGCAGCAUAUGGAAACAUUACGCACAUUUACACACUUGAUCAGUACAAUGAGAACCAUCCAUACUCAGGUGACCUGGACUACUUGAAGAAUGUGUCUUACAACACAUGGAAAAGUCUUAAAGCCGCAGAUCCAGAAGCUAUUUGGCUGAUGCAAGGCUGGUUGUUCUACGACCAAGAGGAAUUCUGGACUGGCGAACGCAUUGAAGCUUAUCUAGGCGGUGUUCCAGAGAACGGAGAUAUGUUGAUCUUAGAUCUCUUCUCGGAAUCAUAUCCUCAGUGGCAACGCACAAACUCGUACUUUGGGAAGCCAUGGAUUUGGUGUCAGCUUCACGAUUAUGGACAGAGUAUGGGCUUAUAUGGCCAGAUCAUGAAUGUGACGAUCAAUCCUAUCGAGGCACUGGCAAAUUCUACGUCGCUGGUAGGCUUUGGAUUGACGAUGGAGGGCCAAGAGGGUAAUGAGAUAAUGUACGACUUACUCCUCGAUCAAGCCUGGUCUGGAUCUCCCGUCGACACUGAGACUUACUUUCACAACUGGGUCACCCGUCGAUAUGCUGGAAGUGGUAACGUACCUGAGCAACUCUACUCAGGUUGGGAAACCAUGCGUUCAACUGUCUACAACAAUACGAACCUCAGCAGCGCAGUUGCAGUCACGCGAUCCAUCAUGGAACUGUCCCCAAAUAUAACAGGUUUAACAGGCCAAAUUUUGACGACAAUAAACUACGACCCAGCAAUGCUCUUGUCCGUCUUCUACACUAUGUUCUCCGCAGCCCAGAUCAAUCCUGCAUUAUGGCAAAACCAAGCCUACCAGUAUGAUAUGGUCGACAUCACGCGCCAAGUCUACAGUAACGCCUUCCAAUCCGCAUAUGAGGAACUCAUAGGCGCCUAUAAUUCACCACACUCCAACACCACCAUCGCCGCAGCAGGAAAGAAACUCACCAAUCUCAUGCACACGCUCGAUGCCGUUCUUCUAACCAACCCCUCUUUCUCUCUCUCGACUCGACUCACCGCCGCCCGUUCCUUCAGCACCAACACCACUCUGUCAGAUUUCUACGAGUACGAUGCUAGGAACCAAAUCACGCUCUGGGGCCCCGAUGGUGAAAUCAGCGAUUAUGCGAGCAAGAGCUGGGGCGGGCUUGUUGGUGGGUAUUACUUGCCUCGGUGGAAAAUCUUCAUCAGCUAUCUUGAGGAGACGGAUGUGGGGAGUUAUAAUACGACUGUGUUGAACCAGAGGUUGAGUGAGUUUGAGAUGGCCUGGCAGAAUGGGACGGGGGUGCAGGAGGGGGCUAUUCAAGGGGGAGUGGGGAGUUUGGAGGAGAUUUUGGGCGAGUUGGUUGGAAGUGGUGUGUUCAGCCGGGGCUAG